AUGGGAAGCUUCAUUUUCAAAUGGCCACAUCCCGAGGCCAACGAUGUCCACGUUACGGGCACCUUCGAUGACUGGGGAAAGAGUGUCAAGUUAGACAAGGUCGGCGACAUCUGGGAGAAAGAAGUGGAUCUGCCCACGGACAAGAAAAUCUACUACAAGUUCGUUGUCAACGAUCAGUGGAUCAUCGAUCCUGAGGCCCCUCAAGAGGACGACGGCCGUGGGAACGUCAACAACGUGCUCCUCCCCGAAAAUAUCAAGCCCAAGGCGUCCAUGGUGCCCGAAGCUGUGACCACGUCCAGCGCAGCCCCCGAGAGCACCACCGCAGGCUUGGCUGGCCAGGUGCCUUUGGAGCCUAAGAGAGAGGCCACCGAAGUCACCCCUGCAUCUGAUUCCCACCUCAACAAAGAGACCACAGGGAGCAGUGUCCCAGGCACGUUCCCAGAGACUCCAGGCAAAGAACCAGACUCUUUCGGCGUCAAUCCCUUGCCGCCCACCAGUGGCGCAGGCAAUCCCGUUGACCUUCCUGCGGGUGAAAAAGUCCCCCCUUCCAGCGAAGUCACGACAAAUACUACCCACUCCGCCGUGACCACGUCGAAAGAGGGCUACGAAAAUGCGGGCUCGGGCAUUCCAAUCAUUGGAGGAGCGCUUGCCGCGCUGGGCUUUGGGGCCACCGCCGCCAAAAAGGAGAAUUUGAUUCCAGAGUCUUCUCUGCCCAUGGGCGAGGGCGCCGGGAAAUCACUAGACGCGGGUCCCUUCAUCAGUUCAGCAGGAGCAUCUUCGACCACAGCUGAAUUGGCUGGGAAAGUGCCUUUGGAAGAAAGCAAGCCGGCGACCGAGGUCGAUCAUGCGCAAACGAUCACUUCUACCGUACCCGAGGUGGUCAAGGAAUCAAUCGCAGAGGCACAUACUGAUCCCGAGGCCACCGCAUCUGCCGAAGCUGUCAAAGAAAAGGCGGCGGUGGAAGAGGAGCUGGUGAAGAAAGUGCCAGAGGCCGAGGAAGCUGGAGAGCCCGCUCCGACGAUCGCAGCUGCCACGACUGAGACCGCGCCGUCAGCCACUCCAGCUCCAUCCGGUGGUCCGGUGCCUGGGACAUCCUCUACGGCCGCGGCCGCCGUGGCUGAUGGUGCCGACGGGACGGUCGAGCCUACAGAAGCUCCAACACACAAGGUGGAGGUAGAGAAGACGGAGGGGGACACCACUGAAUAUGCACCACCCCAUGCAGCAGGCGCAGCUCCUGGAGUCUCAGAGUCUGCAGCGGCAGCGAUCUCUGACGGUGCGGAAGAUCCCACUCUUGCUGAUGAGCCUGCGGUACAAAUGAUGAACAAGAAUGAUGCUGAAGCGGCCGGAGGACCAACGGCGGCAGCCACCGCCGCCACCGAAACCCCCAAGGCUACUGCGCCUACGACGGCGGCCCCAGAAUCCAAGAAGGAAACCAAAGCUGCAGCACCCACGAGCGCGACUUCUACGCCGACCAAGAAACCAGAAACGACGCCAACCAGCACACCUUCGUCCUCGGCGACCAAAGACAAGAAGAAGAAACACCGAGUUAGCUCAUUCUUCAAGAAGAUCUUUGACUAG